CAUCACAUUAUUGUUGUCGUUUUUAUUUGACAUCGCCAGUAUUCGGCCUGAUGAAGGUUACAACAUACAAUUUAUGGAACAUAAUGUUUAACUGGAAUCUCAGAAAAUAUCGAAUAGCAAGAAUGAUAAGGGAAGAACAGUCUGAUGUCAUUGGUUUUCAAGAGGUGAGAUUUGAUGCUGAAACAGGAAGGAACCAGGUGUCUGAUCUUCAGAAACUGCUUCCUGAAUACCAGUGGUCAUUUAUAAGUAAAGCAAAUGAUGUAUCAAGGAAGGAUAACUUGAUUCAUAGAGGAUGGAAGGGAGAAGGUAUUGGAAUUUUGAGCAGAUAUCCUAUUGUGUCUGCAAAUAGAAAGGUUGUUCCAUAUCAGCAGGGACCAGACACAAAUAAAAGAGUUAUUAUUCAUGCUAAAGUCAGAACAGAUCACUCGGGAAUUCUAAAUGUGUUUGUUGUUCAUUUUUCUUAUGUGAGACAGCAACAGCGUGAAAAUGCAGAUGCCCUUUCAUUUACUCAGAGGACGAUUGGAUGA